ACAUAGUUAAGAUGAUGGUGGAUGUAGUGGCAUACUUAAGCAGUCAACCUAAGGAUGUUCUUGGACCACAGCGUCUUGAGGAGGCGUCAGCAAGUGUUUUUAAAGCUGCAACAAACAUCAUCGCAUCAUCGCUGCUAUUGGCUAACGUCAGUAACUAUAUGUCUGCAGAUAGGGAAGAGCUCUCGGAGCUCAAACAAACCAGCAUGGCUGCGAUCAGAGCAGCUGAAGACCUGUCCCUAGCAAUUCUGUCCCGCAAGACCCCGGAUGAAACAGCGACGUAUUACGACAUGCCAGGAUUCGCAAUCGCUCUAGGAAAACGCCGUCUUGUUCAGCCCAGCACGCAGCCGCAAAUCUUCAGGACCAACAACCAAUCAUCGAGCUUCGUGGCUGUGAAGAAUAUCACUGCACUGAUCUACGAAACUAACCCUGCACUUCAUUCAAUCGGAGCAAUGAACCUCCUCACCAGAGGAAGGUUAUACGCCGGUGCAGGCGGUGCGGAGGAAAUCCAGUCCACUGUAAUCAGGCUAAGGUUCUUCAGCGACUCCGGACCUGUGCAGACCGGAAGUUUACAAGCACCAGUUGAGGCUGUGAAUGAACGACUGGGCGGAUUUCCGGUUAUAGAACACCUGGGGACAACCGAACCUUCCUGGAAGUACAGCAUGGAGGUUCACUCCUUUAACGUGACGGAGCCGGGCAGUUCCCUCCACAUCACGCUGACGUCACUGUCACGUGACGUGCCUGUCCAGCUGUACCUUAGACGGACCCAGCCUCCGUCCCGAGAAGAGUUUGACAGGAACAUCACACUUCCUCUUCCAGAAAACACGCCAUACUCCAUCGCCUUGGACGAUUCCACUUGGGUGAGACAAGACAGAUACACUUGGUUCAUCCCACCUGAUGACGUCACAGCAAUUGGUGGACCUGGUGAAUACACUAUCGGCAUUGAGCAUGUUCCUUAUGAAGGAAAUGUGACUACUUCACCUGAUGUAGACGAGGGAGACUAUAGGCAUGUUAAUUUCACCCUGAGCUACAAGUUGAAGCUGUUCUCAACAAACUGUCUGGGAUUCAACGAAACCUCCCAUCGAUGGACAACAGAAGAUUGCAGUCCUGGACCCCUGACGACCACUACCCGGUCGCACUGCUACUACAAGCGCCUGACAGCGUUUAGCUCCGGCUUUACGUUUUAUGAUGCUGAACGCUCAGUCAUUCCACUGAAGCCUCCUACACCAGAGUGCUUCCCUGACAUCACAUUGUCUGGUGGCGGUGGCGCCCAGUCUACAGCCCUGACGGUAGAACGGCGGGUUCCCCUGACCAUCCAGAGCGCCCUCGUCAUUUCCUGUAACGAGUCUUACACCGUCUCCUUCCAAUGGCAAAUCUUCCGUUACACCAAUGGCAAACAACAGGCUGUCCCCCUAGCGGUUACUGUCAACUCUGCAGACCUCGCCAUCCCAAAGAACACGCUGAUGUACGGCUUGGUGAAAAUCGAGCUCAACGCCACCGUGAGCAUCAACAGAACCGGUGAGCAGAACUCUCUUCAGGGGGAACAGUGGGUGGAAGUGUUACCCGCGCCGCUUGUUGCGCUGAUAGCCGGCGGUUCCAGGCGGGCCGUCGGUAAGCAGGGAACGCUGGUCCUCAACGCCUCGGCGUCAUACGAUCCGGACGGGAUCAUCACGGACAGCUCGGACUUCAACUACACGUGGACCUGUCAGGGGGAAAACGGUGAGUUUUUUAGAACAGUAAAUGAGUUCAUCAGAUUGGUGAAUGAUUAA